UGGUAUAGUUUAAAGAGUAGAGAAUCAUUAUUAUAGUAUUAGUAUUAGUGAUAGUAUUUAAUUAUGGUGUCAUUAUAUACUUUUUCGCAAGAGACUUUAUCAGCUCUUCGGAAAUUUCGAUUUGGAAGUGCUAGAGCUACUUCUAUGGAAGCAAUUAUAUAUAUCAUUGAUAAAGAAUCUUAUGAAAUUAAAGCAGAAGAUAAUCAAAUUAUAGAUAGUAUAGAGUCAUUGAUUGAGGAAUUACCUGAUAAUUCUCCAAGAUAUAUUUUACUUUCAUAUCCAAUGAAAUUACCUGAUGGAAGAUUAAAGAGUCCAUUUGUUUUACUCUAUUGGAUUCCACCUACAAGUGGUCAAGAAAGUAGAAUGUUAUAUGCUGGAGCUGUUGAAGAGUUCCGUGAAAAAGCAGGAGUUUCAAAGCUAAUUAAGUUGGAAGAUGAGGAAGAAAUUGAAAAUAUUGAGGAAGAAUUAUAAUCUUCACAUUAAUCUGUUAUAGAUCUACAUAUACAGUGUUUUAAUUUUUAUUUCAACUUGUAUCAUUGACCGUAAUUAUUAAUACUGGACAUAAAAACUUUUCAUACUAAUUUAAAUAAGUUCAUAAUACUUCAUAGUAUGUUGAACAUAGAUUAUCAAUACUGAAUCUCUCGGACAAUUAAGCGAGCAUCA